GGGAAGGAGGCUGCGGCGGCGGCGGCGGCGGUGGCGGCGGCGGCGGCCGGGACGGCGGAGAACACGGACGAUGGCAGACUUUCUGAAAGGCUUGCCCGUCUACAACAAGAGCAACUUCAGCAGGUUCCACGCGGACUCCGUGUGCAAGGCCUCGAACCGCCGUCCCUCAGUCUACCUGCCAACCCGAGAGUACCCAUCAGAACAGAUCAUUGUGACAGAGAAGACGAACAUCCUCCUGCGCUACCUGCACCAGCAAUGGGACAAAAAGAACGCUGCCAAAAAGAGAGACCAAGAACAGGUGGAGGCGGAGGGCGAGAGCUCAGCGCCACCCUGCAAGGUGGCCCGGACCGACAGCCCCGACAUGCCCGAGGACACCUAGGCCCCAUACAGCGCCGCACGUCUGUCUGCUCUGUCCGUUCCUGCCCGCGUGUGUAAGCGCAGCCUGCCUCCUACCCAGCCCGCGCCCUCCAACCUCAUAGGACCCAUGUAUUUAUUUUCCUUGAGUUUUUAUUUAUGCUGUAACUCGUGUCAAGCAUUGGUUAAAGGGACAUCAGGCCCAGCGCCGUGAGGUGUCCAUAGAUGCUUUUUUUAAAGCACAGUGGUGUCCCCCACCCAGCCACCCGCCAGAGACAACGCCAGGGUCCAAAGUCCGGGGCGGCCUGGUCUCCCAACAAGCGAGCGGCCUUCGCACGCUCCUUCCCGUUCCCACCCACAGGCCGGCUGGGUCUCGGUCCUGGAACCUCCCUGGGCCCUCCCAUGCCAGCCCUUACUCUGAGCCCACACCAGGGCAGGAGAGAGCCGGCCCUUAUGGAUCUUUCUCUUAAGUCAUUUUAUCAUGGACUAGCCCGUGCUCCUCCUCCAUCCCAAUAAAAGGAUCUUUCCCACUUCA